CACGCCCAAUAGGAUAAGAGGAACGUCGUCUACUACUUCAUUCAGGAAGUGUCUUUUGGAGCGAUUGGCGUGUAGGAGGAGGACACUGAUUGGCUGUUGAUGUAGCAGAAGCCCCGCCUCCCAGCCUGCUAUGAAUUUCCAUUUCCAGAACCUUCCCACACUGAGCGUGCUCAGAAUCCUAAUGCGUCGCUGCAGCGUUGCCACGGUAACUGUGUCGGCCUUCCAGUGCGUGGAGGGCCGGAAGGGGGGAUGUGCCGCGUCCCUCGUGUGACCGGGACGCUGAGCCGCCGGCAGGUUGACGGAGACAAACACAGGAAGUGACAUCGUGCCUGGCUGAGAGGUCGCCCCCUCCUGGACGAGCAUGAGACAAGGACAAGGACACACUUGUUGGGGAGGAACGUUGAAGAUGAUUCGUGUGUGCGUACGUGUGUUGCAGGGUUUUGUUCCAACUCUGAGGACUUGAUCUUUAGCGAUAAUCCACAAGCUAGCACAGAUCAAUCAAACUGACAUUAAUAAACAUGACCUUACUCAGCAGCCAGUAGGCGUGACCCAGUCUUGUAGCCACGCCCACAACCCACCAAACACGCCCCUUUAUUAGUCAAGCUAGAGAAGAGCUCAGCUGCUGCAAAGCAUCAUGGGUAACAUGGUCCAAUGCUGCCACACGCUGUCGGGGUUCUGCAAGUGCAACGACGAGCCAUCGGGGGGCGCCGCCGAGAGGUCUCCCCUUCUGUCCAGCCAGGACAGCGAGUGCAGCUCCACCGCCACGACCACGCCCUCCGACUGGGAGGACGAGGUCCCCACCAUUUCCACCGACGUCCCGGACGCCUCCCUGCACUCCCUGUUCCCGGACAUCGUCCUGAGCAGCCACUUUGGGGGCGACGCCCAGCCCAUGGUGUGUCUGCUGGUGUCCGACGAGGAGGAGAGGCGGAUGGAGUUGGAGACGCAAACGGAGCAGGAGACACAGGCCGGUACGGCGGUCCAGACGCAGGCUGUGGUUGAAAAGAUGACACCGGUGUUCCCGCAGAACGUAGAGCAGGAGGAAGUGUCCACCUGUCCCACGCAGCGUCCUGUCCAGGAUGACCACGGGGUCUUCGUGAUGCAAGAAAAUCAUACGUUUGUUAACAGGAAGUUAGCAUGCAGGUCAACAGAUGGUAAAGUGUGGUCCAAAGACAAGCCAGGUGGGAUUGCAGGGAACAUCAACGAAGGAGAAAAAGACGAGCAGAGAAGUUCUCUUCUUCUACAAUCAAAGACGAAGACGUCACAAAGAGAUGUGGGCGCAGAUGACCUGAGGUUGCAAGCAGAAGACGUCUCGUGUGAAGAUGUGGACGACCGCAAGCACCAACUCUGUGACAUUAUCAACCUCCUGGAGAUGACCUUUGCUGUCAGGAUCAAACCUCCUGAAGCGGACAUCUUAGAACUGCAGGUGUCAAGUUCCAUGUCUGUGGCAGAGCUUCAGCAGAUGUUGAUGGGUCACGAGCUGACCUGCCAUCGCACGUGCUUCUCUCUCCGUCUGGACAACACCGUGAUGGAUGCUGCCAGAAAGCUAAACUCCAUGGAGGGUCUCCAUGGAGGCGUAGUCCAGGUGGUAGAAGAGUGUUACUCCAUACGGGACGCUACCUUCCAUCUGAGACACGUCCAGGAGCUUCUAAGAAGUCUUGACCCCACAGAGGCCUUCAAUGGAGACAAUGGACGCUCUGUGUCUCACCUCGCUUUCUUCACCCAAGUGGGUGAGAGUGAGGGAUCCAGGCGAGCUCCUCCAGACUUCCUUCUCCCUGGAAGCCUCAAGCGCCCUCUUCUUCCUCUGCACCCUGUCCACAGUGAGUCUAAGCAGCAUCUCCAAUGUGUGAGGGAGCUGACCUCCAGCAGCUGGAACCCUCCUCCGGGGAACAGGAGGAUGCAUGGAGACCUGAUGUACCUCCACGCUGUGACCAUGGAGGGCCGAGAAGUCAACAUCACGUCGUCCACACGUGGCUUUUAUCCCAACCAGUCAACACCUUUCACCUUCAACCCCAAACCUGCUCGUCCCACAAUCAUUUGCCAUUCGCUGGUGGAACUGCUGACUCAGGUCAGUCCUGCCUUCAAGAAUAACUUCAACAACCUGCAGAAGAGAAGGGUCCAGCUGCAUCCGUUUGAGCGGAUUCCUGCACCUUUCCCAGCGUUCACCUGGAUGGCUCCUCAGGAAGGCCACAGUUUGGACCGCAUCAGAGUCGAGAAUGUCCAUGCGUGCCGCGUGGAUCAGGACCAGAACACAACUGGGAAGUGUCGCGACUGGAACGAGGAGCUGCAGAGAGCAAAAGAACUUUCCAGAAACUCCCCUCGGGACCGCCUGCACAGAGACAGGAUCCUAUUCAAGACCAACAGAGACUUUGUGGAAGCUUCCAGAAGAGGAGCAGUGGCAGUCAUUGACGGUCACGUCAUGCCGCUGAACCCGGGGGAGCCUCCUCACAUGCAGAUGUUCAUAUGGAACAACAUCUUCUUCAGCCUCGCUCGUGACAUAUCUCAGCACUACAGACCACUAGGGGGCGAUGCUGCCGCACACACUGCUGCCAGCUGUGACCUGAGAGGAGUUCAGGCGUACACCUCUGUGGACACAGAGGGUCUACAUACUCUCGGGACUACGGUGGUGGACUAUCGUGGCUCCCGUGUGAUCGCCCAGUCGAUUGUACCUGGUAUUCUGGAAAAGAACCAGGAGCAAAGCGUUCUUUACGGUUCUACUGACCAUGGCCAAACUAUUAUGACGCACCCAAGAUUUGUGCAGCUUUUGGAAAAAGCCAGCAAACCUCUAAGAGUCCAACCUCACCUGGUGCUGGACCACCACAACACCCAAGUGGAGCUCUACUCUGGCGUUGAGACCAAAGGAAUCUUAGGUAAUGACGGCAGACCCUACAUCUUGGACCUUAUGCGUACCUUCCCUGCGGACCUUAAUUUCCAGUACUCAGAGAAGACCCAAGUCAACAUGGUGGAGGUGCCAAAGGAAUGCCAGAGCUUUGGUUACCCUAAGCGACAUCGUCACAGCCUGGCCAGUUUGAGGCCAGAACUGAUAGAUGCCUUUGUCCAGCACAGGUUUGAUACAUUCAUCAAGAAGGCGGGUAAUCGGCCUUUUGACAACCAAAAAGACACUGGAUAUCCUGACAGAGGAUCAGUGAGAGACUUCAACAUCUGCUUCAACCCUGACCUCUGCUCUCCAGGUGUCCGCUUUGCUUCUUCUGAGGACCUUCACUGUCAGCGUCGCCUGCUGUGGGACGCUGCUGCUUUUCUCCUUUCCAGUCAAAUUCCACUUGUGCUGCAGGACUGUCUGGACCACCGAAUGGCGCCAAUGGACGGAGCCGCUCUGACGUUAGUGCUGCACCAGCGAGGCGUUAACGUUCGUUAUUUGGGAACCUUGCUGAGGCAGUUGGACAACGUGGAGGACCGUGGGGCACACUGUCUCGUUCGGAGAGUUUGUGUCAGUGAGGUGGUCAGCCGAAGUGCAAAGCAUGUCUUCAGGAUGUAUCUUCAGGAAGUGGAAGCUGCGACUCUCUCUGCCGCAGUCAGCCACUUUCUCAACUGUCUCCUGACGUCCUCCGCGCUCGACUCUUCAGACCAGAUGCUGUCCCGCCGCAGGAGUCGCCGUCGCCGCCGUAGCCACGGCAGCCGAGCUUCAGAUGCCACCUGGGCCAGACUGACCCCGGGUGAGCUGUGGGUCAAGAUCCGGACCGACGCCGAAGAUGUCUACCAGUACACACUUGACAGUGGUUUUAUGGAGGACUACGGCCUGCAGAGGGUCUCAUUGCUGAGAGAGUUCACCAUCAAGACUGGUGUUCAGGUGCGCAUGAGGGAGUACCCUUUGGAUUCCCGACUGCGAGCCGUGUUCGGAGAAGAAGACGUGGUCAACAUGUUGGCCGUGGUCAAGCAUGUCACGUACACAGCCAGCGGCGCCACCUGGCUGCUGGAGCAAGCGCAUGCAGCCGUGCAGCAAGGGCGUGUCAGCGCAGCUUUUGACUUAGUCAGCCAAGCUCUGACACUCUUCACCAGCGUGUGCGGCGCCUUGCACGAGGACACGUGCACGUGCCAGCGAGUGCUGGGACGACUGAGCUACAUGCUAGGACAACAUGCACUUGCCGUCAGCCACCAGAGGCGGGCAGUGAUGAGCAGUGAGCGCACGCGAGGCGUCGAUCACCCACAAACCAUUCGUGACUACACCUUGCUAGCGCUGUACUGCGCGGCUGCAGGCCAACCGGUCGCCUCUCUGCAUCUGCUGUAUCGCGCUCGCUACCUCGCCCUCCUGGUGACCGGGGAGGAUCAUCCCCACGUGGCGCAGCUGGAUAGCAUGCUGGGUGUGGUCCUUCACGGCCUGAUGGAGUUGGACCUCUCCUUGAAGUUCCUGCACAAUGCCUCAGUUCUAACCUCCAAGUACCACGGUGACAUGUCCACGAAGCACGCACACAGCCAUCAUCUUCUGGCCACGUUGCACCACAGCAGAGGAGACUUUGAGUCAGCGUUGCGCCACGAGAACAAGGCGCGUUCGAUAUACGAGACACAGGUGUUGGAGGGCCACGUGAGGAGCAGGGAGAGCUCCGAGUACCUGAAAGACCUGACUCAACAGCAGGACAGCAACUUGACUCCGCCUCCUCAGUUCUUCCACAAGAUGCUUCAACAGCUCAACAUGACCUGUGGACACGUACUUAUUCCUCCCAGUGCUGAAGAUAACGCACAGCUGAGAGUGCGAGAAGUCAACGUUCAAGACCUGGAGAAGCUGUUGUCGUCCAACAUCUAGUGUUGCCUUCAUGGAGGAGACCGAAGUAUUGGACAGCAGUUUUGUUGUACUCCUGCAGUCCCUUUAGUGUCUACCGGACUUCAUGUCUGUUCCAUGGAGGUCUUACUGGAACACAUGACUUGAAUAUGACAUCAAGUCACAUUACUAUUAGAUUACUUUAUUGUCAUUGCACGUGUCAAAAUUACAGAGCAACAAAAUGCAGUUAGCAUUUAACCAGAGGUGCUUAUAAGCUGUGAAUUAAAGGCCUACUGAAAGCCACUACUAGCGACCACGCAGUCUGAUAGUUUAUAUAUCAAUGAUGAAAUCUUAACAUUGCAACACAUGCCAAUACGGCCGGGUUAACUUAUAAAGUGACAUUUUAAAAUUCCCGGGAAAUAUCCGGCUGAAACAUCGCGGUAUGAUGACGUAUGCGCGUGACGAUGUCCGAGUAACGGAAGUUAUGGUACCCCGUAGAAUCCUAUACAAAAAGCUCUGUUUUCAUUUCAUAAUUCCACAGUAUUCUGGACAUCUUUUGCAAUGUUUUUAAUGAACAAUGAAGGCUGCAAAGAAGACAGUUGUAGGUGGGAUCAGUGUAUUAGCAGCGGACUACAGCAACACAACCAGGAGGACUUUGUUGGAGCGCUAGCCGCGCUAGCCGCCGACUUCACCUUGACUUCCUACGUCUCCGGGC